CUCGGUGGAUGGAGGUGGAUAAUAACGGAGGAGCUUCAUCAUCACCAUCAUCACCAUCAGCACCGUCAUGAUCCUCAGCAUCAUCACCGGAGCAGCAGCUUCUCUCCGCGGGCUGAAAAGUUGCGGAGGAUCCGGUUAGAUACGGAAUCACCGGAGGUCUCGUGCCCGGCGUUAACCCGGGAACAUCCUCCGGACUCGGUUCCUCUCUCCUCCGGACUCCGGCGGAACGGACCCGGUGGUUUCUGGUGUCUUUACCGGAUCGUUUUCUGAGCGGCUCCCCGCUCCUGAGACUGUUUUACCGGAGGGAGUCUCCCGGUCCGUCGGUUCAUUUCUCACAUGUCUGUUGAAACUGUGUCGGUUUCUGCGGCUGUGACGGAUCAAUAACGGGAAACUGUUAUUCUAACGGACAUGUGAGCUGGAUUUCUCCCGGUAGGAUAACGGAUCACCGGACGGUCCCGGUAACUCAGCCUCCGGAGAAAGAAGAGGGUUUAUAAAGGUGGAGGUUACCGGAGAGAAUAACGGGACCGGAGGAGGUGAAUAACGGAUCCGUACCGGGGAAGCUCUCCCGACUCCCGGAGAAGUUACCGGAUGACAGGAGGAGUUCGUGCGGAACCUUACUGGACCUUCUCCGGACCCUUAAUGACCGGAUAGCCUUCAUCAAACACCCCGGACAUCCCUCCGGUGGGACGGAUACUGAGCCACACCGGACUCCCCCCUCAUUAGUGACUUAAUUAAUAUCGGUUCUUUGGUUCUUUACCGGAUAUAAAACCCGCCCCUGUCCCCGGGAGUCCAUCAUUUCCCCCCCGUUGUUCAUCCAUCAUCCUCCGGAGCUGAUGGAGCCUGAUAUUCACCAUGUGGAUCAUCUGUAAAUGAUCCUGAACGCAUCAUCUCCAUCAGGCUCCAGGAGAGACCUCACCUGAAGGCUGAAUCAUCUAACCAGAAAAAACGAAUAUAUAAUCACAAUAUAACAACCAUUAAAUAUUUUUUCUUAAUUAUACAAGGAACUAAAACAUUUCCUGUCGUGAUCAUAAAAUCCAAAAUUGAAUCUUUAUCACAUUUAACAGUUUUAUGUAGAAAGUCCUGAAGCUGAAAUGUGAUCACAGUUUUCAUUUAGAGGCUCACGGUGCAGCCGUGGCUCCGCCUGUACUCGUGGUGUUUUAAUUUCCCACUGUACAAUAAUAAUAUUCCCCUAAUAGUCCGUCAGGGGUUUAUUUGUGCUUUAUUGCAGGUCUGGACCUCAGAAGAAAUCAACUUUACAACUUCCCCGGGACUCAAACCUGCAGCUUCAAACCUCCUGUGUUAGUUUAAGACCCGUGUAGAUUCAGCUGAUUGUUUCUGAGCUUCACCACGAGGAUUUCCAUUAUCCACAAAGUCUAAUCUGUGAGGAAACCCCAGUUAAAUAGUGGUGUCAGUGUGUUGGAGGUGUGGAAGUCUAUGGAUGGUUCGCUCACUGUUUAGCCACAUCCUCAACAGCAUCCCCCCCCCCUCCUCAUCCUCCUCCCUUCUCCUCCUCCUUCUCCUCCCUCUCAGCCUCCUCUUGAAAUCAAGCCAUGCUGCAUUGAUUUUUUUUUUUCUCCCCUCGCCGCAAAACCCAAACGCACACGACCAUCUCACCCUCUCUGGUUUGUCAGUUCUGUUUCCUGAAACCUAAGACGUGCCGUGGAGUUGACUUUCCACCAGUCGGAGGUGAAGGACGUCCAGCGGCGCUGAGGUCAGAGGUCAGGUUUACAGAAUCUGUGGAGCGAUCAAAACAAUUCUCUGUAACUGAGCUGGAGUCUGACCCGAGGAUAAAUGAAUCAGAACCUGUUUGAGACUUUAACCCUCGAGGACAUUUCUCUGUUGUUAAAGUGACACUUUGGCUAAAUGGGACUAAACGACAGCAGCCCAGGCGCCAUGCGAAAUGGUCGCGGCCUCUCGGACCAGUGGGCAGAGUCCGUGGUGGUCCGGCCUCGAUCCACCGAGCGCCACAUCACGGUGCACAAACGCCUGGUGUUGGGCUUCGCCCUGUCCAUCCUCACCCUCAUCAUCGUCACAGCCGUGGCCGUGGUGCUCAGCGUUCGCUUUGAGGAGUGCAGCGAGCAGAACGGUGACGGAGCCACGGGGGAGUCGGGUUCCCGGGGUUCUGGAGGGUCAUCGAAGUUGAAUGGGAGUAAGGGGGAGAGGACUGGGGAGAGGGGGGACGAGGAGGUGGUGCAGCCGUGGAGGAACUUGCGGCUGCCGGGCUCGCUGAGACCACGACACUAUGACCUGCGACUCGCUGUCUACAUGGACAACUUCACCUUCUCCGGAGAGGUCAGCAUCGAGCUGGAGUGCGUCAACGCCACCCGCUUCAUCGUGCUGCACGCCGACCGCCUCGAGGUGGAUCGGGUGUCCGUGACAGCUGAGGGCGGCGCCGGUGGUCGUCCUGCCAACCGGCCCGGUGGCGGAGUCAUGCGUGUGCACCGCCAUUUCGCCUUCCCGGCCAAUCAGAUGUACGUGGUGGUGCUGCACCGCGAGAUGAAGCCGAUGAGGUUGUACCGGCUGAACGUGAGCUUCGACGCCGCCAUCGAGGACGAGCUGCUGGGCUUCUUCCGCAGCUCGUACACGCUGCAGAGGGAGAAACGUUACUUGGCUGUGACUCAGUUCAGUCCGAUCCACGCCCGGAAGGCCUUCCCCUGCUUCGACGAGCCCGUCUACAAGGCCACGUUCUCCCUCACCCUCCACCACGACCCGCAGUACACCUCGCUGUCCAACAUGCCCGUCGAGAGCAGCUCGCUGGCGGACGACGACGGCUUUGUGACCAAUCGCUUCGCCCGGACGCCUCGCAUGUCCACGUACUACCUGGCCUGGGCCGUCUGCAACUUCACCUACAAGGAGACGCAGACCGACAGCGGCGUGACGAUCCGUCUGUACGCCCGGCCGGACGCCAUCGCUAGCGGCGCAGGGGACUACGCGCUCCACAUCACCAAGAGGCUUCUGGGAUUUUACCAGGACUACUUCAAAGUGCAGUACUCGCUGCCCAAGCUAGACUUGUUGGCGGUGCCCAAGCAUCCGUACGCCGCCAUGGAGAACUGGGGCCUGAGCGUGUUCGUGGAGCAGAAGAUCCUGCUGGACGCCGAGGUGUCGUCCUCGUCCUAUCAGAUGGAGCUGACCAUGGUGGUCGUCCACGAGAUCUGUCACCAGUGGUUCGGUGACCUGGUGACUCCGGUGUGGUGGGAGGACGUGUGGCUGAAGGAAGGCUUCGCUCACUUCUUUGAGUACGUCGGCACCGACUUCCUUUUUCCAAAGUGGAACAUGGAGAAGCAACGAUUUCUGACUGACGUCCUCCACGAGGUGAUGCUAUUGGACGGCUUGAGCUCCUCCCACCCCAUCUCCCAGGAGGUGGAACAAGCGGCGGACAUCAACCGAGUCUUCGACUGGAUCGCGUACAAAAAGGGGGCAGCGCUGAUCCGGAUGCUGGCGAACGUGAUGGGACAGCCGCUGUUCCAGAAGGGCCUCAACGACUACCUGCUGAGUCACAUGUACAGCAACGCAGCCAGAGACGACCUGUGGAACAAACUCACUCAGGCCAUGCGUUCGGAGGGGCGGGACAUUGACAUCGGACAGAUGAUGGACAGGUGGACUCUACAAAUGGGAUACCCCGUCAUCACCAUCACCAAGAACCAAUCGGAGCAGCUCCCUACUCAUUACAUCACCGUGAGCCAGGAGCACUUCCUGUACGGACAGGAAGCCAGGAGCAACAACAGUUUACAGUGGCAGGUGCCUCUGACGGUCGCCGUGGGAAACACGUCCACCAUGAGUUCAGAGAGACUCAUCUGGAUCAACAACAGGACAGAGAUGCACAGGAUUGGUCAGAUGGACGACAGCACUUGGUUGCUUGGCAACAUAAACCAGACGGGCUACUUCCGCGUGAACUACGACCUCCAGAACUGGAAACUGCUGAUUCAGCAGCUCCACAACAACCCUGAGAUCAUCUCGGUCGGAAACAGGGCGGGGCUUAUCGAUGAUGCCUUUAACCUGGCCAGGGCCGGGUACCUCCCCCAGGGUGUCCCCCUGCAGCUGAUUGGCUAUUUGCCCGAGGAGACGUCCUUCCUGCCGUGGCACUCUGCCAGCCGAGCGCUCUACCAGCUGGACAAGCUGCUGGACCGCACAGAGGAAUACAGCCUGUUCAGUGACUACGUGUUGAAGCAGGUUGCUGCACGGUACCAUCAGAUGGGUUGGCCAACAAAUGGUCCUGGCAACGAGGGCAACGUCCUGCAGGCGUCGUACCAGACUGAGGAGCUACAGAGGGAGCUCAUCAUGUUAGCUUGUAGCUUCGGGAACAAACAGUGCCACCGUCAGGCCGUCGCCUACAUCUCCGACUGGAUCUCCAGCAACAAGAACAGGAUUCCUCCCAACAUCCGAGACAUCGUUUACUGCACCGGCGUCAGUCUGAUGGACGAGGACGUGUGGGAGUUCAUCUGGAUGAAGUUCCACUCGACCAGCGCCGUUUCAGAGAAGAAGAUCCUGCUGGAGGCUCUGACCUGCUCCGACAACACUUUCCUCCUCAAUAGGUUACUGAACCUGUCUCUGACCUCGGACCUGGUCCCGGAGCAGGAUGUGAUCGAUGUCAUCAUCCACGUGGGCAGAAACCCGCAGGGUCGAAACCUGGCCUGGAAGUACUUCAGAGAAAAGUGGGACAUCCUGAACGCUCGUUACGGUGAAGCGUUGUUCAUGAAUUCGAAGCUCAUCAGUGGAGUCACAGAGUUCCUGAACACGGAGAAAGAACUGAACGAGUUGAAGGAGUUCAUCCAUUCCAGCGGCGUGGGGGCGGGGCCUGCUUUGCCGCGGGCGCUGGAGAUCGUCGAGGGCAACGUGCGCUGGCACCGCCUCCACCGGCGGCCGUUCUACCAGUGGCUGCGCAAACCUCCGAGCCCCGUCCUCGGCUAACGAGACUUGCGCUAGCUCCAUUGGAGCGACUGCGGACUGACCGCUAAGCUCAUGCUAACGCACCGCUAGCUUACAGAUGCAGUCAGAAUGAAAAAGAGAAAGACUGACGUGACUCAGCCGGUUUAUGUUUUCAAAGAAACGUGAUUUCAAACUUUUUAUUUCAGAUGGACUUUUUGGACGAGUGGCUGAUGAACUAAAAUUAUAUAAUAAUUAUUAAAGCUGAUAGCUAGCUAGCAGACACUGAUUCAGUCAUUGCUAGCUAACAGCGAGCCUCAAAACUCCCCCUGCAGGGCAACACGGAGAAGAACACGCUGAAAGAUAAACAAAAAUAGAAAUUAGAUCAAAACCAAAGAAUACGUCAAACUUUGAACAUUAAACAUUUGAGUUUUAUUAGUCGCGCAACAUUUAUCUGUAAAACAUUUGUCGUCAAUAUUAAACAAACUACAAAAUAUAUAUGAUAAUAAUUGUUACAAUUAUAAUAGGGACAUUUUAGAAAUUACUGCAGUAGCUGGUGGCUGCGAAGUUCACGUAUCGGAUUCUAUCUACUUUGGUUUAAAGUUGUUUUUCUGUUCUUGAAAAACUUAGAAGAACAAAGAAAACAACAAUACGACGCAGAUGCUUUUAAUCUCAGCAGCAGCUGCUGGUGCACUCACCCAAAAACACCCUCGAGCAAGGCAGCGAGCUCCCCUGAUGUCUGCCUGACAGAGUCUGAAAACCACAACCUUCCACGCCUAAUUCUACAUUCAUAUCUGUCACUUUCCAAUGUUUCGAUUGGCUGAUCAAAGACUCACAGUGUGAAUCCGUGUUAAACCAGCUCUCAGUUAAACACAGAUCUCCCAUCAGCUGCGAGUCGAUCGCUCCACAGAUCUGUUAACACUCCACUGACCCGUCGUCUGAUCGCAGCUCACAGGACUCGUUCAUCUCGUUAGCUCUUCAGCUUCAGCUCGACUUUAAACCGCAGCUUCAGGUUUUCUUUCAUGAUCCAAAACGCCAGCGGCCUGAAAGACGUCAGCCGGUUUGUGAGGCUUUGUCGGCGCCGAGCUUCAGAACUGAACUGUGAAUUUAAACACUCGUAAUUACUCCCCAGUUUAUUUCUAAACGGUAGAGAUCAGCACACGUGGGAGAAUAUUUCCCAUGAAAGACAUUUGUUGGAGAUUUUAAAGUAAAAAAAACAAAUUAACGAGGCCAAAAGGUAUUUUCACAUAAAAGGCGAAUCUGACAUGAAUUACAAAUUUUAAUUGACCAACUUCUGCCUUUUCAAAAAUCCACCUGGAACUGAAGGAAUGAAAGCUUUUAUUUUUUAUUUUGCACCUUCUCUUGAAGAUGAUAUAUCAGUGCCAAUUUAAAUACUCUUUCCUUUUACUCAGUGGAAAGACGUUAUAUCAGUGUACAAGGUGCAUCACAUACAGGAAAUAAAAACUUUUUAUUUGCACAACUGUCAAUUGUGAUUUUAAUUUGAAUAAAAAAAACAAAAUCUGCACAUUUCUUUCUGGCCCUUUUGGGACGUUUUACCCGAACAAGUGCAUAUUUUAAAGGUUCAAAUAGAAAUCCAACACGGUGUUAAAGAGAAAUAAGAAAAUAGUUUUGGCACCAACUCCACACAUAUAAAAUCCGUCAGCCAAAUGACGUUUCUCCUAAUUUAGUGACCUCGUAAAACCUGACAGUGACUCCUGAGAGGGACUAAUUUAAUAAAGCAACCUGACAGAUGGAUGAGGUUGUGCAGAGGAAGUUUCUUUGUGAGGAAAGUAAGAGGAGUCGGGGGAACAUAAAUGACACGACAACCUCCCUGACUGAGAACAACCUCGGAGAUCAGAAACCUUGGCCGAGCAGAAAAAAUAAUCACCCGACAAAUCUCUGUGGUUUCACAAAGCACGAGAACAGGAAGGGAGUUGGUUGGAGCAUAUCGAUCGAUCAGCCCACUUUUCUGUCCACAGACGAACAGGACACGAGAGGACUUUAAAUGGAGAGUAGUAAAACCGCGAUAGGAAAAAUGGCAGAUGAGGAAACUGAGGCUUUUUGGGCUCAAGGAGAUGGUUUGAGUUUGGUUGUAUGCAGACGAUGCAGCUUUUUAAAUCCUCAGUGGACUUUUGCAGUUUGGUCGAAAGUUAAAGACUCACGAUCCUCACGUUGCUCCGAAUUUUGCAGCUUCUAUGUGCGACAGAUUCUUCCGUGGACGAUAUUGUUUGCAGAGCGUCACAUCUGCUGCGACAGAUGUGACGGACGUUGUGUUUAGCUACUUUUCCCUCCACGGACGGAAGAAUAAAUUACUGGACUUUAAACGAAGGAAAAUGAAAAUGGGGCAAGAGAAUGGCAGAUGAGGAAACUGAGUGUAGUCGUGUGCAGAUGAUGCAGCUUCUCAUAUCAGCUCAUCUUCUUGAUCUUGAAAGAUGGAUUUCAAAGGAUCCAAUGAGUGUUACAGCCUCAGUGGACGAUAUCGUUCGCAGGGCGCCGAUUCUUGUGCGACGGAUUUUUACGCAAAUUGCAGCUUCACCUCUGCUGUUACAGCGAGAAGAUCGACCACCGAACUGACUGUAAACUCCACAGGUUUGGCUGCAUUGCGGGAAAAAAAACGUGGUGAAUUUUAAAAUAAUUAAAUCAACAGCAGCAUGGAUUGUACAGUUUAAUGGAUUCCACAGCCGAGGAGUCGGACAGAGGGACGGGUUGAACACCACGGUGGAUUUCCCAGGAUGUGGAAGACGUUGGGUUCCGACUCCGAACAACAGAAGAAGAUGGAUAAAAUGAACUUUUGGGAAAUUCUGCUGCGUUUAAAUCUGCUUCCUGUUAAAGAGACUUUUAGAAGUUCCUCCUCGUCUGUUAGAUCCGGCUUCGAUGUUAAUAACUGAGCCAUAUAUGAGUUAAUGGGCCUGACUCUUACACACUGUGUGUCUAGUUGUGUGUGUGUGUGUGUGUGUGUGUGUGUGUGUGAGACCAAGAUGAUGGUGAUAACUGCAGCGGCGAUGGUGACUGCUCACGGUGAUUAAAAUUGCGAUAAUUAAAACUGUUGUGAUUAUGAUGACGACUUGGGCUGAUGGUUGAUCUAAUGAUGAUGAUGGAGUCACUAAUGAUAUUUGUCGAUGAUGUGAAUCAGUAUUAUUAUAAUUAAUAUGCUAACUAUUCCGUGCAUUUUGAAUCUUUAUUAUCCUACUUGGGGAAAUUUGGUUAAAAGACGUAAAACACACAACAAAUCUUUUCACUGUAAAUGACACAAACCUGAUAUUUGAAACUAAAUGAAAUGAGGAUGUUCGCUGUGACGAUUGAUCAUAAUGAUGAAGGAGAUGAUGACGUAACGAUGACGACGACUUGGGACCAAAAUAUGACAGUGACAGGAAGUCGUAGAGAAAAGUUCAAAUCCUACUUCCUGUUUGCCCUGCUGUGGUUUCCUGUAUUUUCUGAAUGGACAAUAUUAAAAUGGUUAAUCUUA